UUUAAAUUCUGCAACUAUUUUGUGUUACAAUUACGAUUGGUUUGUUUGUAAAAGAUAUUGAAUUAAUUUUUUGGAAUUAAUUACAGAGAUUACAUGUUAAAAAUAAUUAUAUGAGGAAUAAUAUAAAGAAAAAACCCAGUCUCUGGCGCAGAAAGGUUGUUUUAGUAUCUUUCGCCUCAUUUGUUGAUAUAUAUUUUUGUUGAUUAUGUCGGAGGAGUAUUUUAACCGAAAAUUUGAAAAAAUCGAUUUGAUAGAACCAACUACCGGUAAACUAUUUUUUGAACACAAAUCUGAGCUGAUUUUUUGUAAACCUCAAUUAAUGCCUAUUAAAUCGCAAGCGCUGGAACGCUUGGAGAGCAUGCAAUUUGAAUCUGCAAAAGAGUUGCAAAAGAAAAUUUUAGAAACAAAUGUUGUGGAUUCAAAAAACUCAACAUCCUAAAAAUAUAGCAACUGUUAAU